AUGUUCCAAACUCAAGCCAGUCCAGCCGAGCCGAAGAGCGAGUCGCCGUUUUCCUGUGUGGAUCUGUGCGUGGUUUGCGGUGAUAAGGCGAUCGGAAAACAUUAUGGAGCUACAAGUUGCAACGGGUGCAAGGGAUUCUUCAGACGGAGGUAAGACUGGUUUUCAUACUUGUCGAUUUUUUUGUUCUGAAAUAGCUCUCCUUUAUGCCAAAUUUUAACCUAUUUCCGGUCUUUUUCUCUUCCCUCAACAUGCAAACUUAACGUCCCACGUUUUCCCAAUUUUUUAUCGCAACCCCUAAAAAAGUUGUACUCCCUAAAGCGAAGGCUAUUUGUCGAAGCCCCAGGUCAUCGGAACGCACGUUGCAGCCGAAAGAGCGACCGUUUUCCGUGACGUAAUCUCGCCGAUUGAACUUUCCUCUUUUCUGUCUCUUCUCUGGUUGCCCUCCUCGCGCAGCGCGAUCUUUGGCGAACGUUUUUGAAACGUUUGUUGACAAAUUGUUCAAGGUUCCGCAAAUAAAUGGAUGGGGGUUACGGUAGGAACGGGGCGAGUGAGUAAAUACGGAAGAUUCUUGAGAAUUGCAGGGAUUGGGAAAAUUGCCAAAAUGCCAUGCUAUUCACAAAUUUUAAAAUAAAGGUGCCUUCGGAUCAAUUAGACAAGUAAUCCUCAUAUAUCCUUAAUCAGCUAAUUUAACAAGAUCACGAGAAGAUUGUGAAAUCCUUGAAAAGAAUACCUCAAAGAACAGGAUAGCCACUUGUUGGGCAAAUUUCUGAGCCAUGCUUACAGAAAACACACAACCUUUAGUUUCUAGCAAAGUUAUCAAACGUCGUUUAACUUUCGGAAAGUUACGCGAUUUAUAAUAAAAUUACCAGCACUUCUCAGGAAUGAAUAUGCUUUCUUGAAAUACUUCUAUUUUUACUACCCUCUCACCUAAUGCCUUGAAAAAUUUCAGCGUUUGGCAGAACCUCCAAUACACCUGCCGUUUCAACAAACAAUGCAAAGUGGACAAGGAUCAUCGUAAUGCAUGCCGCUACUGUCGUUUCCAGAAAUGCCUUGCCGAUGGCAUGAAGCCGGAGGCAAUUCAGAACGAGCGAGAUCGCAUUGGCUCCACCAAGAGGAGUCGCAAGCGGACGUUGCCAAGUCUUGAAUCCGGUUCGCCCGAACUCUUCCACGGCACCGUCGGUUCGCCGCUGGACGAACGCAACAGCGACACCGAUGACGCCUCGACUUCGUCGGCAUCGUUAAGUCAAGGCAAGCAAUUGGAUGAAAAUUGGAGAAAUUUAAUGGAGAAUCUGCAAAGCAUAGAGCAAAAGGUUUCGGUCAAUCAUAAAGAGAAGCUGGGCAACUUUAAUGUGAGACAACUCGGAAUUCAGGUAGGAAAAUCGAAGAUCUACUGUCAGUGAAGACAAAGUUCAUCGAUCCAAACAUUUCUCAAUGCGCUUUUUCAGGCUAUAAUUGACUGGUCCAACAUGCUGCAGCCGCUUGCUGAUCUCCCCUUCAACGACCGAGUGCAGAUCCUGAAGGCCAGCACAAAUGCAUUUGCUCUCCUCACCGUUCUUCAGCGCUCUCAAAACUCGAAUCAUCUCAUUUUGCCCGACAAUUCUGCUCUUUCGUUGUCAGCAUUAUACUCCAACGAAGUUUCCAGCAUCAUCAACCGCAUUAUGGACGAACUCCUGGCCCCACUGAGACGGAUGAGCGUGGAACAAAUUGAGUUCUCCGUUCUCAAAUCGCUGGUCCUUCUUCAAAGCGAUUUGUCCGGCCUCAGUGUAAUGUCCAGAGACCGGGUUCGGGAAGCGAGAGAUCAGAUUAGCCGUGCAGUCUUCACGUAUUUAUCGACCAAACUCAGCCCGAUUGAUGCUUCACUCCGUCUCACAAACCUUCUUCUGACCAUCCCAUCAAUAUUCAACAUCGCCAAUGCAGUGAACGAGAACUCUCAAUUGGCAGCGCUGUUUGGGCUCAGCGCCGCGGUCGCAAAUUUGCCAGAGGGCGAGCUGUUUAAGAAAGAUGGCAACCCAAGUGAAUUGUUCAGCAAUGAAGUUUUGUUGGCUGCGCAGAUCCUGGCCACCCAACGUCAAACGCAAAGUUUUGGGGCUGUUAGCGCGGCGAGCUCGUUGAUUACAACUACUGCUGCCAGUGGGUUGAAUAUUGGAGACUUGCCGGUAUGUUUUCUUCUUCCAGCCCCAAAGCAAAAGCCUUAUAUUAAGUUUUUAAAGUAAUCAAAUUUGUUUCAGAUUUUCUCCGCUCCACAGACUCAGCUCCAAUUCUCAGAUAUCAACUCGAUGAAGAACUUUCUCAACUAA